AUGAAGGAAGAAACUCCCAGAGAGACCCCCGAAGAGUCGCGCGGCGACGAGAGCCAGCACUCGGCCUCGAAGUCGGCGAAUAACCAGACGGCUAAGGAUCGCAAAUGCCAAUACUGCAACCAGUCGUUUACAUCCUCAUCCCUCGGCCGCCACCUUGAUCAGUUCCUUUUCAAGAAGAAGCCCGACGGCGUCCACAACGUUGAGGAGAUUCGGCGCAUCCGUAGUGGGAUCACACGUCGACAGGCUCGCACGAGCUCUGGCAAGCAUGACGGAAGCCCCGAUCACGAUCUGAGCAAGAGCUCCACAGAACCUUAUCCAUCGGGAGAACCGAGCACGAAGUCACGGGAAGCUCCCGUGCGUAUGAUGUUCAACACACCUACCUGGCACGCAACUGGUGUCAUCAACGACAUCCCCAAUCCGAGUCGGGCUCUGGAUGGACCUCGGGCUGCGCCGGCACCCGCGCGGACGGAAUCGCUGCAGCUACCGGACUACGCAAGCCGGGGUGCUACGGCGAACAAUCCGGAUACAAUGAAGGCGCUCGAGCUGGCAUUACGCGAGGUACUAGACAAUAUCAAGGCUGCAACUGCUGUUUCGGGCUUCCGACCUCGGCCAUCUCCUUUCGACUUCGAUCUUCAAGCCCAGACAUUCCCAUCUCUGUGUCUUCAUCUUCUCCCUCCCCCUCCGAGCCUAUUUGCGGCCCACCCGUUUUCUUCUCCUACAUCAUUCCCGAUUCAAGCACCGGGCGCGGAACACUUAGAUAUCGUCCGGCAAGCACUUCGUUCCAAGAUCGCACAAUGGCAGUCUGAUCAGCUCACCGCAGACCCCGCAUCCCACCCAAAAUACCCAAGCGGCGGCAUGGACAAUGCAAUGGUCUAUCGUACGGCCCAGCAGCAUGAGGAAAUCAGUUUCAGGCACCUGGACCUGGCGUUCAAUCAUUGGAGUACACUUCCUCUAGAGGCCCGUCGCGAAGCAUGGUCACUGGAAAUUAUGCGUGCCUUUUCCCGCGAAGCUGAGAGACGCAGGUCUUCUGAUGAGCAGCUUGCGAGGGUCCAGCAGGAAGCGAAUCAGUUGCGUGCCCAAGUUGAGCGUCUUGGGGCUUGCCAAUGGCCUCGUGAGUUCGCUUUAUUCCCACCAGACAUGCUUCCUCUGUCCCGGGACAUAACCCGAGAACUUGACGCAAAAGAGAGCCACAUCAGCCCCGACUCGGCACGAUGGGAUUAUGAUAACGUUGUUGCCAAGUGGAAGCGUGUUGUUAUGCAUGACAAGGGUAUGGGCCGCAUUGGAGUGGGCUAUGGGAUAAACGCAGGCGGCUUCAUGGAAUCAGAUAAUAGUCGACGCCAGAGCCCUGACGCUCGUCCUCCACGGCCAGGCGAGGAUACAUCAUCUCACCCAAAUCGGUUGCGUCCUAUGCAGGCUCCUGUCGCGAUGAGUCCUGAUCCCGCAAACACAUCCACCCCAGCCUCCUCCACGAAUUACGCUUCUCCUUACUCUCAUGCCGACCCCCGCAGUCCACCGGGUGGUAGUGGUCCGGGUCAGCAAAAUAAACGCCCGAGGCUGAUGAAUGGAUCGGACGGUCCAAAUGCACCAUCCGCCGAGCCACCGGCCAACAGGCCUCCUUGGCACUCUUCCACACCGAUCCUCUCCAAUUUGGCUGCGCCUUCCAAUCAGACGCCGCCGUCUUCUUCUCGAGGCUAG